AUGGAUGAUUUCGACGCGCGGCGCGUGCGCGCGUUCGCGGCGCGGGCGAGGGGACUGCGAGCGAAAGUGUUGAAGGAACUUUUAGCGCGCGCGGGGGCGCGGAGCGACGAUUGCUUGGAGAAGGAAGAGUUGGUGCGCAGGGUGACGGAGACGUGGAUCGACACGGAGAACGACGCGAUCACGACGCGGCUUCGGCAGCUGGGUAACAUUGGGGGGAAUCCGCGAGCGGGGUACGCGUUGGUGACUCUCGACGUCGGCGGAGAAAUAGGCCUGUGCGACUUUGUCAUCGACACGGGAGCGACGACCGCGCUGAUCACUCCAAAGGCGCUGGAGAUGCUCGACAAAGAGAACGUCACUGAGGGCGCCGCGGUGCGGGGACUCACGGGAACCGGCGAAACUCUUCGACAAAAAGUGAGCGUCUCCGACGUUCGACUCGGGAGCAAGCUCUUCGUCCUCGACGCCGUCGUCACCGAUCUCUCCGCCGUGGGGUUGCCACCUCAGAUAGGUGGGCUUCUCGGUUUGGACUUUUUGAGCAAGUUUGAGAUUGAGUUCAAUUUUACUGACUCCGCGCUAAAAUUUUGGCCGAAAGGCUCCAUCGCGAACGGCGCGGUCGACACGGAUGAUUUGGUAAAAAUUCCUCUUCAUCUCCACCCGGUGGGCUUGCGCACCGUGAAGUGUUCACUGAACAAUUCAGCACCGUUCGAUGCCAUCGUGGAUAUGGGAUCGUUCUUUUCCGUCGCGAAUUGGAUGGCGAGCACGACCGCCGGCAUCGGACCGGACUCGCCGGAAGUUAAGCGGGGCGGUUUGCAGGUAUCGGGCGUCGAUGGCGGUUCGAUGCAAAUGGCCAUGGCCCCGUUUGAUCUGCGCGUGAUCGGCGAGGCGGAGGACCUGUCGUCAACGUAUCGUGGGAUGUGCUGCGUCGGUGACUUGCCCGCGUUCAACGCGCUCGGAGCGAGCGUAUCACCUAUGAUGGCGCUCGGUCUCGACGUCAUCGGACGCGGACGCAUGGUGUUCAACGCGAGUGACAACUGCAUGUACCUGUCGAGCGGGGACGAGACGUACGGGGUAUAG